AUGGACGAAAUGGACGAAGAGGGAAAUGGAUUUACCUCGGAAGACGAAGAAUAUGAUGAUGGAAAUCAUAAUCAGUCCAACAGGAGCCAAGGUAGUGGCGAAAAUAAAGGAAUCCAAAACCAAAAUGAAUCCAAAAGACGUCAGGACGAUGGGGGCAACGUGGAAGCGCGUAGUAUCGCAGGAUAUAGUGUGUAUCAAGACGCCAGAGACCAACCUCAAGACCAGCACUCGGAUUCAGCAAGUAAUGCGAGUAUCAAGCUCCAGGAGAUGUCCAUGAACGAGUUCAUGAAGCAGCUGAGAGCACAUCAUUGGAGUUGGAAACAAGAAGACUUCAACCCAUGUUAG